AUGUCGGUUGACAACAAGAAGGAAGUGGAAAAGUCCCAACAGAGUAGUGACGAACAUUGUACGGGAUCGACGCUUGCAGAGCCGGAUACCACCAUUUACCAAAAUCUUCUUCAUGACGAACACAACGCUACAAUCCCUGGUUGGGAGGCAGACGCUACUCAGGGAUUCUCACAGAUAGGAGCUAUAUUUACGGACGAGAAAUCGACCAUUGAUCUUAAUUUGGAGAUCGAGCGAGUGGUGAAGAGUUAG